UCCAAGAGUCUGGGUCUGGUUUGGGAAAAUGGCAAAUCCUAGUCAACUUCAAGCCCAUAAAAUCGGGGCCCCAUUGAUGAAUCAAAUUAAGCUGAAAGGUGUGCCGAUUCUUCAGCAAUUACAUCUAGAGGAGUGCCUGCUUAGGACAUCGUCCCACAAUUGGUGCAUCAUUAACCAAGGAACCAAUCACCCUACUAUUGUCAUGGGUGUUUCAGGGAAGCCUGCAGAGCUUCUCAAAAUUGAAUCUGUGUUAUGUGAUCAGAUUCCAGUUGUGAGAAGGUUUACUGGGGGAGGUACUGUUGUCCUUGAUCCCAGCACAAUAUUUGUCACUUUCAUAUGCAAUAAGGAUGCUGUUGCUGGCUUACAACCAUAUCCUCAACCUAUUUUGUCUUGGACUGGUGCGUUGUACAACAAAGUUUUCCAAGGAAUUGGGGAUUUCCACCUUCGUGAAAAUGAUUAUGUAUUUGGUGACCGCAAGUUCGGUGGAAAUGCUCAAUCAAUUACUAAAAACCGGUGGAUCCACCACACAUCUUUUUUAUGGGACUAUGAGGUUAGAAACAUGGCUUACUUGAAACUUCCUGCGAGAGCUCCCGAAUAUCGACUGGCGAGGGGCCAUUUGGAAUUUAUAUGUCGCAUGAAGGACUAUAUGUCAAGAUCAGAAUUUAUUAGCAGAACUAUAGAGGCAAUUAAAACCCACUUUUCCUUAAGAUCAGCAGAGGCAGAAUCCAUUGAGACUUCUGCAUCUUUUGCAGGAAUUCAAGUAAAACCAGAUAAUAAGGAAUUUUACAGCAUUGGAGAACGCUUGAAUAUAUACUAG